UCUAUAUUUUUAUCUUUUGUUUUAGUUUUGCAAUCUUCCAAUUUACAGGAAAAAUAUUUAUUAGGAUGCAUCAAAAAUGUAUUGCUUAAAAGAAUUUUAUUAAGAAAUGCGAAAUUUGAUUGUUUAUAAACAGUUUAGAACUAUAUGUUACCCGGCGCAUUUACACGUGUAACUGACCUUUUGACCUACUAGAUGUCAGUGUAUUCAUCCACAACGUAAUCGGGUGUAGUGACAUUCCUCGAAAUUUAGUGUCUGUUUGUUAUAAAAAUGAUUAGAAGUUUUAAUGGAUUUCAAUUUUAUAUGUAAAGCAUGGCUUACAAAAGUCGAGAAGAACUAGUUGGAAAACGUUUUAUUUCUGUUAAAAGCGAUGGAAAGCUAAAAUUAUCUAAAAUUUUGGAUUGGGAAUGGCGGUCUGGAUUUGUUCGCGCUGUUUCUUCAAGAGAUUCUUCUAACGCUAAAUUUACGGUGCUAGUAGAAUUCGAUGAUACGGGUUGGAAGUCACGUGAGUAUGUUAAAGUUCACGAAGUCUUUCAAGAGUUUCUCGUAGAGCACACGCUUGUUUGGAUUGGGAAGAAAGAUUCCAACAGUCUGCCAGAACUAAGGUCGGCCCUGUGUUUCAAGCCUGUUGUGGACAAAGCCGGUCUGUUUCAACACAGCAAGAGACCCGUCGAGUUUCUCAGUGAUCGUUUGAUAGGCAUCGUUGAGGAGAAAGACAUCAGCUUUUAUAAAGAGGGUGACGAAAAUACGCUUUUGGCUGUGAGGGACAAUCCGGACGUUGUUAAGUGGAUCAAAGCCUGGACUGACUACCAGGACGGACAGAAAAUACUGCUGACCACGCCCACUGUCCUACUGGGCUACCGUGUUGAGGUGUAUCGAACGGAGGGCACAACCCAGUGGUACACGGCUGUGAUCAAGUCGUACAAUCACGCUAACAAGAGCCUGACCUUGACAGACGACACGGUGUUAGAGGAGCACAAUGAGGACCCGACCCUUAUUCAGAUGCACUUGAUUGGUGACGGAGUUGUUGAUUCCAUUCUAAACGGAGUGGAUGUUGGAGUAGCCCAGAGGAGAAGGCCACGGUGUACAGUGACCAAGCAGAACAGUAAAGAUUCAGCUUCGCUUAUUACCACCACUCGUGGACCAAUUAGUGUAGGCACUGGCAACAGUAACAACUCAGCUGUAUGUCAAGCGAGGACGUCUAAUAAUAACACAUGUACACAGCCGCCUGCAUUUAUCAAUAAUAAGGUCGCCAAAUCGCGCCAAACAAGCCUAGCAGAAGCGUCGGUUUCUGGAACAUCUGCUGGAUCAGAAGCUGCAGAGAAAGGACAACUUCUGUCCAAGAGCUCUAAGCAAACACCUAAAAGGAAAUCUGACCCCACUUUAAAGGUGGCCAAGAAGUUAAGUGCUAGUAAGACUUUAAAGAAAUCAGCCAGUGAUGAAAAUUUAGAAACAGGAAGUUUAGUAUGUAAACAGACAUGUAAUGUACUUGUGAAGCGUAUUGAAGAACAAAGUGAAGAGUCCUCUAAAUCCCAACGAUUGAGAGACAGGUCUGUACAAAAUAAGAAAAAUUCAAAGUCAGUAGUCAUUAAAAAUUCUGCAUCCCUUGAAGAAUCCAACAGUCUCCUGAAUCCUUCAGAAACUUCCAAUGCUAAGGACUGUAUGACAGAAAGUGAAGAAAAGCCCAAAGACAAAAAAAGAAAACAGACUAAAGAAUUAGAAAAUGUUUCCCAUAAAUCCAAAGAAUUUAAGGGCUCAUUAAAUGAAGUUCCUAAAGAAAGUUUAUGUCAUGGCCUAAAAAACACUCCUGAUGCACACAUAUCUGUAAAUGCUAAUGUAAAAACUCCAACUAAUGUCACUACUGACGUUUUAAGUUCUUCAUCACCUGCGCUUGUUAAUGUGAAUUCAUUAAGGAAAGAAGUCAAUCAUCUAGAGGAAAAGACUAGCAAUCAUGAGCUUUGCAACCAACCAGGGCUGAAGGCUCAAAAAAGUAAAUUAGAUGAGCAUUCAACACGUGUGUAUUUGGGGGGUAAUAUAACUGGAAACAUUUCCAAUUCUGUAGAGCAAACAGAUUCUAAUUUUGAAGAGGACAUGCACUACAAAAAACAAAUGUUAAGGGCUGGAGGAAAUAUCAGCUCUCACCCAAGCACUCCAACACUUUCAGUCACUGAAGGGAUUGAUCGUUCCCUGACUGAGCAGCUCACCAAAAGAAAUACUAAAAAUGAAAAAUUUUGCUUAAAUGGUGACAAUAAAUUAGGGCCUGAAGAAAUAUACUCUUCCACUAGUUCCUUAUCUUCACAAAGGUCAGAAUCCAGCACCACUUUGGGGAAAUCAAAUGAAUUAACUUCUGAUAGACAAAGUGCAUUCACUUGUGUUCAGUCUAGCUUAUCUAGGAGUAAUAAUGCAACUCCAGCGUCAGAGGAUAGAGCAGACUCCAGAGCCAGUGACAGUCAACUAUCUGGUCACUUGUCUGAAGACAAACGACCAGGAUCGCGACUGGAUGAAAUUCGUAGUGUAAAAAGUAGUCCAGGGUCCAGUCCGCUUGUUGUUGAUAGACAUGAAGCAGUUCAUGUAUACCGUGAUCCAGAAUUGAUGCGCAAAAAUCCUGUACAAAGUAACGUUCAAAACAUUUUAGCUCAAAAGAUGAAUCAGCCGUUUCCUGCUGGGCAUUCGUCGUCGCUUCCUGGAGCAUCAGCAACUUCUCAGUCUGUUACUGCUGCUGCAUUUACUGGAGUCCCUUCUUUGUCCACAAGAACUUUGUUGAGUACAAUUCCACCUUACACAAAUCCUCAUCAACUAACACCGUCCAUAUCACACCACUUGGCUCUUCCGUCUCAUGGAUAUCCAAUGGAUGCUGUUGUCAGAGUCCAACAGCACCAGCAGCAGUUAGCAGUCAUGCAGCAACUACAGAUGGGAGCAUACAAUCUUGGAACUUCUAGUUCACUGGAGGCUUUGUGGCAAAGAAAGCUCCCCCCUACCAAUCCCAUCCCUGCACAGUGGUUGCAACAAAAGCCCCCAGAAAGUCUUCUGGCUAGUGAACUAGCUGCAGCUUUACACAUUCAAAAACUUGAGCAAGAGCGUAGAGAGCAUGAGCAGAGGAGAGAGUUGGAAAGACUUGAACGUGAUCGAGAGAGACUAGAGCAAGAACGUCGUGAUAAAGAACGGAGAGAAGUACUUGAAAGAGAACGGGUAGAAAAGGAGAAGAUCGAGCGAGAAAAGGCUGAAAGAGAGCGGUUAGAAAAAGAAAGAAUAGAUAAAGAGCGCCAGGAACGUGAGCGCCAAGAGUGGGAACACAAUCAAAAUCAGGAGCGUAUUUUGCGGGAAUCUGUUGAUACAGUAGCAGCUGUUGAUCAACAUUUUGCCGAAUCAUUGACCAGAUUGGCCACACAACAGGGAAUAGGUAUGUUUCCCUCAAUUACAAGAGGCACAGGAAGGGGUUUUAUUCCCAAAACUGAAAGCCACCAUUCUCUUCCAUCACACAGUCUACCAUUUGAUAAACAGAUAGAGAGGAAGGAUAAAAUCAAAAGGGAACCUGAGCCUCUACCUGAUGAUAAAAGAUAUUUGACAAAGCCUUCCAGUGAAAAAUCAUCAGUAUUUGCAAAUUAUUCAUACAACACUAACUUCCAAACUAGUUCAGGGAUUACACAGCCUAACCAAAAGCCAGUUUUUAAUCUGUAUGGAUAUCCGUUAUCACAUUCAACAAUAACAACUGAACAGCUCAAACAAAGAGGUCUUGUAUCUGAGCCCAGACAAAUCAAGGAGGAAACCCAAGACAAAAAACUUUUUUAUUCCAGCAAUUCCCCUGUCAUGUCAAUGCAUAGCAGUCAAUCAUAUCUCCCCAAAGACAUUAAACGGGAGGCACACAGUUCUGUUAUUGUGAAAAGAGAUACUAAACCUGUUAUAAAAAUGGAAACACCAGUGGCAGCACAUUCUCAUCACAACUCUCCAUCAUCACCACGACCUCAACAGCCCAGACCAGCUCAUACUCCAGAACAUAGACCAGAUCGACCAUUAUCUUCAUCCACUAGUCCUGCUACUGGUAUCCAUUCUCACCUUCUACACCAUUCCAGCCCUGUUCCUAGUGGCACACAGACAUCUCUUAGUACAAGCUUUCAUUCAGUUGACACACACAGUUCACCGAGAUCUCAAAGUCCUUAUAAGCCAGCUACUAGUCAGUCACAACCAUUGAACUUUUGUAAAUCUCCAAAUACUAUCAAGAAAGCACAUGAGCAACAGCUUCUACAAACUCAUUCAAAUUAUUCUGCUCCUAUAGCUCAAUUACCUGUCUCAAUGCCUAGUUCAAAUGCUUACAGCUAUAGCCUCAUUCAACAAGGCCUAGUCCCCAACCCCAUCUACAGCCAGGGUGGAUCUUCUCAUUCUUCAGGACCACCACUUUCACAGCACACUCCUAGCCCACUUGUAGCAAGUUUACCUACUAAUUUAUCUCAGGUCACAAAGCCUUCUCAACUGAGUCCGCCUGGUUGCAAAAGAAAAAGUGGCAGCAAGGAUAGUAGUAAUGCCAACAGAAAAAAGCAAAAAGGCCUAAAUGAUGUGCCUGGUGUUGGACAACCUUUAUCCAUUCCUGUUACUACUCCUCAAAUUCUCACAAAUCCAUCACCAUACACAACCAGCAGCAGCACAUCAAUUUCCAAACCUAAUACAGCAUUAUCUACUGCAUUGUCCUCCAGCAGCCUUCCAUCUGUAAACUCCAGCUCCUAUAAUGACAGCUUUAAAUCUUUUGUAGAACAAACAGUUCAGAUAGCAUUCCUUCAAGAUGAAAAGAAUACCCAAGAAAAGGCUGAGAGAGAGAGGUUAAUGGCAUCUUUUGGCAGCACUAAGCAAGAUGACAGAAAAGCUGAACCAUCUGUUCAGUCAGUGCCUAGUGUAACUCAAGCUGCAGCAUCAGCAUUAAUAGCAUCUAGACUAGAUUUGCCUCCAGCCUCAGACUCUUACAAUAAUCGUAUAAUGGAAACAAUCAAUCGGGUUGCCAAUAAUCAAGCAGACACGGACUCAGAUACACUUAGUGCCUCCAGUCCUCCUCCUCAAAGUAAACCUGACAACCACAGUCCUCUCAACAAAAAUGUUAGUUUGUCAGGUUCCAGUCAUCCUCACCAUAUGAAGAAAGCUUGGUUACAGAGACAUGAUGAGGAUAAAAAGUAUGAAACACCUGUGUUGUCUCAGUGUGAAGAUGACUCAAAUACUAGUAUUGGUCAUUCAAGGGAUAUAAUAAGUUGUGUGGAAAAUUCCACUCCUCACUCCGACCAAGGCAAUGAAAGUUUAGGAGCCACACCUGCUAAUGUUGUUGUAACAUUGUCCAAUGGCACUGUCAGUGAUCUUAACCACAACAGUGAUGAAUCUACCUCCUCAGCAUCAGAAUCUGAAAUGCAGAAUUCAUCUAAAGAUUUUGGUACCAAGAAACGAAAUCAGCCAUCAAAGCCAAAUUCUGGAUUGGCAAAGAAGAGUAGGACUGAAUCAGGUAAAGAGUCCCCAGUGUCCACUCCACCUCCAUCAUCUAGCAAUAGUAGUAACUCCUCACGGAAAAAAAAUAGCACAAAUAAGCGAAAUAAAUUGGAGAAAGACAAACUAAAGGAUGAACAGGGUUACAGCUCUGCAAAGCAAUCUCGAGAUAACAGUCCUGUGCCACCCAAACAAGAUAAGAACAAAAUGUCAUCACUGCCAAUGGUUUCAACACCAUCUCCACAUUCUCCAGAACGAUCUAAUCCUUCCCCUGCAUUAUCAGAGAGUAACACAGCCAACAUGUCUCCUGCUUCGUCCACAUCAUCAAAUAGCAGUAAUACAGCUACAUCUUCCAAGUCUGGUAGCAAAAAUCUAAAUAAAGACAAAAAGAAGACACGGCGUAAUCAAGAGUCAUCAUCAAAAGACAGUAAAAAAAGUUCAUCUUUCAACAAACCUUUAGUUAAAAUGACUGUUGCAAAUUUGAAAAGAACCAUGAUUCCAUUUAUUCAAGAUGGUCCAUGUAGUGAGAUUACACCAAAAUUAACCAAAUGUAGAGAAUGCAAGAUGACACCAGUUCAGAGAAGCAAAAAACAACCAAAUAUUUUCUGUAGAUUUUAUGCAUUUAGAAGACUUAAGUACAAUCCAAGAGGACUUGUCACAAUUCAUGGAUUUUCUGAAUUGUCUGAUGCAGAUCCUGAUGAUAUAGAGCCUUGGCUCCCACGUUUUCCAAUUGAGGAGCCUGAGCUUGAUGUUGAAAAUUCCAAAUUUAUAAUUGCUAAAGUUGGUGACAAGUUUUGUGAGCUUGUUGAACAAGAAAAAGAAGCUAAGUCUUGGGCACGGGAUGAUGUAAAAAUUGUUUGGAAACGAGCUGUAAUGGGAGUUAGAGAAAUGUGUGAUGUUUGUGAUACCACCUUAUUUAACAUGCAUUGGGUCUGCCAGAAAUGUGGAUUUGUUGUUUGUCUUGACUGUUACAAAGUUCGGAUAAAGGAAGGCAAAAAAGCUUUGAUUGAUGAUAAAUGGCUAACUUGUAGUGCUAAUAGACAAGCUCAUAAAGCCAGUGAAAUGAUGCUUACUCAGAUCAUUCCUAGUGAUGCUCUUUGGGAGUUAGGUAGACUGAUACAUGACAUUCGCACAAAAUGGUCUAUACCUUCUAAUUGCCCUUGUGGUGGAGGAAAUUCAGAGAACAAGCUUGUUCCCAAAAAUGGUAUUAAUCAGCAGCUUCUUAAUGCUGUUAACACACGCAAACUGCCAAAUGGUUAUGGUUCUGAAGAGCAUGGCAACAAGCACUCUAACAAGUCUAAGAAACCUCAAGAGAAUAUUCCUCUAAAAAACUUAGAUAGCUACAAUCCAGACACAACAUCCUCUCCUUUAAGCAUUUUAGCUGAAAUUGCAACAAUGGAGCCAGAGUCCAAAUUAGAUGCUAAAAGGAAACUGGAAAAGACUAGCGUGCAAGAUGAGUCUUUGGAAGAAACUGAUAAAAAGUCAGGUUGUUCCACACUAAGAGAACUUUUAACCAAGACAGCUGGAAAGCCCAAAGUAACCAAUGACAAGAAGGGAAAGAAAGGAAGUGGAUUAAGUACAUUAGAUGAUAUAAUCCAAUCAGUUGUUGAAAAAAGCUGUACUGAUGGUGGUAGUGCUCCUUUCAAGUUCCUUCAUUACACUCCACGUCUUGGUGGAUGGAAAAGAGAGGUACCCAUCAUGGUUCAUAAUCUAACAGAAACAAGUGUAUUAUAUCCUGAUGUGCCACAUUCAUGGCUGUGUGAUGGAAGACUAUUAAGAUUACAUGAUGCUCACCAUAAAGGAAACCUACAGAUCUUUCAAGAGCAGUGGAAAAGAGGCCAGCCUGUUUUGGUUUCUUGUGCAAAUAAAAAAAUGAAUAUUAACUUAUGGAAGCCAGAAGUAUUUAGUAAAGAGUUUGGACAUUUGGAAAAUGAAGUAGUUAACUGUCGCACAGGAAAUACAAUCAUAGGUCAUACAAUGGGAGAUUUUUGGGAUGGAUUUGAGAACCUUACAAAUCGGCCUGUAGAUGAAAAUGAUGACCCUAUGUUACUGAAAUUAAAAGACUGGCCUCCUGGUGAUGAUUUUAGUGAACUACUACCUUCCAGAUUCCAAGAUCUAAUGCAAGCACUUCCUCUUCCUGAAUAUACUCAGAGAAAUGGAAAAUUGAAUCUUGCGUCACGCCUUCCUGACUUUCUUGUACGGCCUGACCUCGGGCCUAAGAUGUACAAUGCUUAUGGGUCUUCACAGUUCCCUAAAGAAGGAACUACAAAUCUUCAUUUGGACAUCUCUGAUGCUGUGAAUGUAAUGGUUUAUGUUGGUAUCCCAUGGGAUGGUCCAGGUGGACGUAAAGCUCAAGAAGAAGCUGCUGUUAAAGCUAUUGAUGAUGCUGGUUGUGAUAGUAUUACUAAGAGGCGAGUUCGAGAAGUACAUGAAAUACCUGGUGCUCUUUGGCACAUCUAUGAUGCUCAUGAUGCAGAUAAAAUCAGGGACUUUUUAAACAAGGUUGCUAAAGAGCGUGGUGAGAUCAUUGAAAAAGAUCAUGAUGCAAUUCAUGACCAAAGUUGGUAUUUAGACAAAGAGCUUUGUGACAGACUUUUGAAAGAGUAUGGUGUUCAAGGUUACACAAUUGUACAAUGUCUGGGAGAUGCCUUGUUUAUCCCUGCUGGAGCCCCACAUCAGGUACGCAAUCUUCAUAGUUGUGUCAAAGUUGCAGAAGACUUUGUAUCCCCUGAACAUUUGAACCACUGCUUUAGAUUAACUCAAGAAUUUCGUCAGUUGUCUGAGACCCAUUCCAAUCAUGAAGACAAACUGCAGGUGAAGAAUAUCAUUUAUCAUGCUGUGAAGGAUGCAAUUGCUGUUUUACGAGAACACAACCCUGAAGAUGAAUAAGACAGAUUUGGAUGCAAAUUCAGUACAAAAACAAUGCUGCUACAAAAGCUGCAGUUAGACAUAUUCCUGAAUUCAUAUUCAGUACAAAAACAAUGCUGCUACAAAAGCUGCAGUUAAGACAUAUUCCUGAAUGCAUAUACAGUACAUAAAUUGCUGCUACAAAAGCUGCAGUUAAGACAUAUUCCUGAAUGCAUAUACAGUACAUAAAUUGCUGCUACAAAAGCUGCAGUUAAGACAUAUUCCUGAAUGCAUAUACAGUACAUAAACUGCUGCUACAAAAGCUGCAGUUAAGACAUAUUCCUGAAUGCAUAUACAGUACAUAAACUGCUGCUACAAAAGCUGCAUUUAGAUGUACUUUUAUCUCCCCCUGUUCUAAACAGUGAAUAAAGAGAUUUCUACAUGUGUGACAAAACAUUAAGUGACUUACUGUGUUCAUGGAGAUGGCUGCCCAAAACAUUUCCAAAGACAAUGGUGUUUGGAUGGAAGUUUAUCAUUGUGUACGUCUGUGAUUCCAUGUUGUCAUUUCACUACAUCAUUACUUAAAAUCUGAUCCUUUGUUUCAAAUCCUGUAAGAGGCUUAGUUUGGAUCACAUUACUAUUUUUGGUCAGAUUUCACAAAAUAUGUUGUCUCUAUUAGUUCAUACCAUGGUUGUGACUGAAAUGGCAAUUACUUGUAACAAUGCUAUCGUACCUCUGCAGUCCCCUCUCAUUGCAAAGUUUUAUGGCUGUCUGACUAUAUGUCAAGUUGCUCUUAACAGAAAUUAGUUUUAUAAUAAAUCUAAUCUAUACAUCUAUACAUAAAUCUAUAUAUACUAAUAGUUAUUUGACACUUGAUAAGAACCUAAGUAAGUUGCCAUGCUUUAUUUGCUGCAUUACUAUGUUAAUGCUGUGUAUUACACACAAAAUUAUUUGUGUAUAAAAACUAUAAUUACUGUUUGAUCCCAGUGUGUGUACUAUCAAAUACAAAUAGAUGUAAGCUACAUUCUGUCAUCCUCUGUUUGAUAGUCAUCAUUUGAUGUUCACAUCUCUGUACAUAGCAGAGUGAUAAUAUAAUAUAUCCCAUGUAGAUAUGUAAGAUUAUAUACAAAUGAUCUAAUAAUCAUGUUUCUGUGAUUGUUCUCAUAAUAUUGAUGUAUUGGUAGAUGAAGAAAAUGUGAUUUUUUGUUUGUUUGUUGGGUUCUCUUUAUUUGGUGUUUUUUUUUUUUUUUUUUUUAAAGCCUUCAUUUUUAAAAAGCUUAUGUUUUUUGCCAUUCUUUGUCAAGUUGAAUUUAGUUUUCUAUACUUUCUCUUUAGCCAUUCAUUUCUUAAUAAGCUUCAGAACUUGACAUGUUAACUGAAAAAUUAGUUUAGGAAUAAUAAAGAUAUUUUAUCAAAGCUUGUAAUUUAGAAAUCAUAAUUAAAUUAUUUGAUAUUCAUUAUGUAAGCAUUUGACAUAUGAGACAUAUUGUCUGUGUGCCAAUUGGUCAUGUCACCACAACUUACGGUGAUCAGAUUAGACUGAUAUCUUGAUUUAUUUAUUAGUUAUUUUAACUUAUGAUCAUAAUUGUUCCUGACUGAUUCCUAUCACAUAAUAUUUUGCUCAGUUUCACUCACACAAAAAAAAAUUGCAUAAUUCACAAGUCAAUAGAUAAUAUAUGGUCUCAAAAUUUGUCAGCUUAUUGACAAUUGAGGUUUAGCUUUUUUUUUUUAAAGUGUUCUUCAGAAAUUCUACUAGAUUUGUUGUUGUGACUAGAAAGCUAAGUAUCAAAAGUUUGUUUUGGGUUAAAUGGUGUCUUGUUACUAUACUGAGUAUUAUAAAAUAUGCCAUUAGGGAGUGUCUGUGAAUGACAGCUGUUAUUUCCUGUGUUUAUGCAUAACAGCUAGAGAUUUUAGCUUUGUCUGUCAUGUACACUUGAAUUAUAAAACAAAUGAAUCUAAAAUAAAGUUCUUUAACAUUUC